AUGGCAGAGGAUCGACAUCGCCAGGAGUAUCCUCAGCAGCACCGGCCAGAGGAUAUCAAGCACCAACCACCCCCUCAAUUCUACCACCACCUCCCUUCUCGAGACGCACCUCACUCGGAUACCGACAGAAGUCCUCACUCUCGAACCACCAUGGCAACCUCCGUCACCUUGCCGUCCAUCCACGACCCUCGGCCCAGCGGCUACGGCCCCCCGCCGCCAGCUGGCCGAGGCUACGUGAGCGAUCCUCGCUAUGAGUCUCCGAAUGCCGUCAAUGGAUAUCCUCCGCCCCCUGGAAGUCAACAGCAGCCAACCUCAUACCUCCCUCCUCUGCAACCGCAGGCAGAUAUGCGGUCUGCCUAUCCUCCGCCCGAGCCGCCACGAGGCGCCUACUACGAUGACCGCCGCCCCCCUCCGCACCCGGCCUACCACGACCAGUAUGCCUCUGAAUACUACUACCGAGGGCUCCCGCAGGGCCACCAUAAUGGCUACCCUCACGAUUACCCGCGUCCCCCUCCUGCCUAUGGACAGGACUAUGGCCAGCCCGGAAUGGAGCGCCCACGGGAAGCUCCUAGACAGCGCACUUCCAUUGCAUGCAGAUACUGUCGAAAGCGAAAGAUUCGCUGCAGUGGUCAUCAGAACGCCCCCGGUGGAAAGUGCCAAAACUGUGCUCGGAUGAACCAGGAGUGCAUCUUUCAGCCUGUCUCGUCUUCUAGCUCAACAGCGUUCAUUCCCGUCUCGGCCGUCCCAGGAGGUGUGCCACCGGGAACGCAGCUAUUCGGAGCAUACGGCCAGCCUCUGGCUCCCAGCGCUGUCCCUCACCCUCACUCUCACCCGCCCCAUCACCCGCCUCACCCGUCUCAUCCUUAUCCUCCGACGGCCCAGUCUCCCACAGAUUCAUAUUCGUCUUAUGGAGAUUUGAGAGGGGAUGACCAAUUGACUGGAAGAAGACGUCGAAGGUCGUCGCCAGAUCCGGAAGAUGCGUACAGGCUACCACCUCCCAGCCCCGGAAGCUUGAGCUAUUCGCGUUACGCAGGCCCAGCGAGACACAGCCCCCGAAACCCAGCGCUACCCCAUCCCGCUAGUGUUGGCAAUGCCGAUGGCCGUUCGCCUGUCACGCAGCAGAACGGAUCGAGCGGCUCCUCGACACCCGCACGCUCGGGCCCUUCAGCCGGCCAGUCGCAGCAAUCGACCUCCAUCAUGAGCCUCAGCAAUCUCGUGGAGAAGAACGACAUUGACAAAACGAUGAUUGAUCGCCUCAACCGUCCUCGAGAUACUGGCUCUGGCCAGAGCCAGAGAGAGUCCUCUCGCUAA